CAAAAUAAUUAAAGCUGACACACCCAAGACUUGGUUUUAACCGGUUCAUGCAAUGAAACAAAAGAAAAAACAAAUAAAAUGGUAAAUGAUUCUGUUGAUGUGUGGGAGGCAUUCUUUGAUACAGGUGUUGAAAAAAGAGGGGAUUUAGGAGAUUUUGUAGCUGAAAAUGAUAAUCUAUGCAGUUUAAGCCUGUUCUAGAACGAAGGGGGGGAAAAGAAUGGCACCUGGCAGAAGUUUAGCAAAGGGGCUGGCAAUGCAGGAAAUAGUAAAAAACUAAAAAAGAAAAUAACCAACAAAAACGAAUCAAUGGUGUGUGUGAGUGAGAGAAGAAGAGGUUGAGGAGAGGAAAAAAAUAAAUAAAUAAAAAGAAAAUAAAGCCCAAAAUUCCUGCUUUGUAGGAAGCCACAGCGGGGAGGCAACGACAGAGUCCCCUUUCUAGAAUGAUGGCAAUUUUGCCCACAUUUUCUCUCUCUUUCCUUUGAGAACCCUUUCUUUCUUCUUCAUUCAGGGAUCUUCAGUUGUUUGAGCCAAGCAAAUAAGGGAGUGGGUGGAGUUUCUUGGCGGGAAAGCUUGUAAGCUAACGCAAAAAUGGGUUCAUCCCCUGAGAAUUCUCCAUCUGAAGAUUCCCCACCUGCUCCAUCAGACUCAAAUUCAUCACAGGACUCCCCAUCUAGAACAGAUUCAUCAUCAUCAUCCUCAUCCUCAUCCUCGCCCCGACCGUCGUCGUCUUCGUCUUCGUCCCCACCACCUCCGGCAAAAUCAUCAUCAUCUGACAGCAAACAAGAUUCUUCUUCUUCCUCUUCUUCUCCUCCUCCUUCAACUCGGCACACUUACCACUCUCCCGCUUCUUCUAAUUCUUCUCAUUCCCACAAAAGCAGUGGUUCCAAGCAAGUUUCCUCUUCUAAAAAUACACCAUCCUCAGAUUCCUCCGACAAAAUUGCCGGCGUAGAUAUAAAAAUCAUUGUAGGAGCAGCUGUGGCCGUGGGAUUGGUGCUCCUUCUUUUGAUCAUCUGUUGUAUAGUAUGUUGCUGUCGGAAGAAGAAGAAGAAAGCCCAGAGGCAAGUGAUGUACUAUGAUGAUGCUAAAGGUGACGGUAAAGACUAUUAUAACAACUAUCAGAAUACACAGUGGGGUAAUGGUCCCAACGGGCCAGAGCAUGUUGUAAAAGUACCCCCACCAUCAGGAGGUGCUAACUACAGUGGCGGCUGGGGUUCUCAAGCACCACCGGUUUUUAGUGGUCAAGCAAGCUCCAACUUCUCAGGCCCACAUCCUCCUCCUUUGCCACCUCCAUCACCAAACCUUGCUCUUGGAUUCAAUAAGAGCACUUUCAGUUAUGAGGAGCUGCUUGCUGCAACCAACGGAUUUUCCCAGGCCAAUCUGAUUGGUCAAGGCGGCUUCGGAUACGUGCAUAAGGGCGUCUUUCCAAAUGGAAAGGAGGUUGCAGUUAAGAGUUUAAAAAGUGGUAGUGGACAAGGAGAAAGAGAAUUCCAAGCUGAAGUUGAAAUCAUUAGCCGUGUUCAUCAUCGCCAUCUUGUGUCACUGGUUGGGUAUUGCAUUGCUGGCGGGCAGCGGAUGUUGGUGUAUGAAUUUGUUGCAAAUAAAACCUUGGAACAUCAUCUCCAUGGAAAGGAUCGUCCUGUUAUGGAUUUCCCCACUAGACUUCGUAUUGCAUUAGGCUCCGCGAAAGGGCUUGCUUAUCUCCAUGAAGACUGCCAUCCUCGCAUUAUUCAUCGUGAUAUCAAAUCAGCUAAUAUUCUACUUGAUAACAACUUUGAGGCGAUGGUUGCCGAUUUUGGAUUGGCUAAGUUGUCAACUGAUAACUACACUCAUGUCUCGACUCGGGUGAUGGGAACUUUUGGGUACUUGGCUCCGGAGUACGCUUCAAGUGGCAAGUUAACAGAUAGAUCCGAUGUUUUCUCAUUUGGGGUCAUGCUUUUAGAGCUCAUAACUGGGAAGCAACCUAUUGAUAUUUCAAUGGACGACAGCUUAGUAGAUUGGGCUCGACCACUUCUGACUCGUGCACUAGAAGGGGGCAAUGUGGAUGAGCUGGUUGAUCCACGCUUGGAGAAGAACUACAAUCAGAACGAAAUGCAACGCAUGAUAGCCUGCGCUGCUGCAAGCAUCCGACAUUCCGCAAGAAAGCGUCCAAAAAUGAGCCAGAUAGCGCGUAUCCUGGAAGGAGACUCCUCCCUGGAUGACCUGAAUGAGAACGGCUCAAAGCCAGGACAAAGCACAAUAUUUGGUGCCAGUGGAGAGUACACCAACAGUUCAUACAAUGCUGACAUGGAGAGGUUCAGACAGUUGGCACUUGGCAGCCAGGAGUUCACGAGCAGCGAUUACGGAACGUCCAGCUGUGAGAACUCGACAGAGAUGGGACCUGGAGGGGCAAGAAAGUAGAACACGUAAAACCAAAACCGAUACCCAAGAGCUUUUGAAUGACAAAAGCAAAACAAAGCAAAGGAAAGGAAAGGAAAGGAAAACAGUGAUCUGUUUGCAUAAUGAUAUUGGUUUAUAGGUUGGAUCAAAUAUUGUUUCCGUUCCAGGUCAUUCUAGACUCUCAACUUGGGUUCUUUUUGCAUUCAAGUGUUUUGUCUUUAAAUAUCGGGAUAUAUAUAUAUAUAUAUACGUAUAUGUGUAUAUAUAUUUUCUUUGAUGCCUUAGACUUGACUUGAUCAAGUAUAGUAGCACAUCUAGCUUCUGUUGUUUAUGUGUGUGUUAAUUGUAUUCUACAUAAUACUUAUUAUAAUGACAAUAACAAUAAUAAUGAUAAUAUGUAUCGUAUAAU